UCUCUCUCUCUCUCUCUUUCUCUUCCAUGUAUUUCGUUAAUAAUUAAGAAACGCGCGUCGUGGUGUCUUGACGAAGAAAGAAGAGAAUUAGAAACUGCGUAGGAUUGAUUGGUCAUUCAUUAUUAUAAUGUCACAAUUAAGACUUUUGUUUCUUCGGGAUACUUUUUAUUAUUUUUUAUUAUUUUUUAUUAGCAGACUUGUAAAGGACUUCGGUUCUUGCAAGAAUUUUCAGCAUGCAUUCGCGCGCUUCCGACGCGCGCUUCCUCCGGAGAUGUCUAAAGAAACUUCAUUGUGCGAAUAAAGGCGUUCACGUCAUGAAAGUACAACUUGUUCUCUUGUCGAGGUAAUCGCAAAAAACGUUAAAACUCCACGGCAAGAACGCGACCUGGAUCCCUUUGGCGAUUUUGUCGUGAUCGAGAAAUCACGAUGCUGCCCUUUCGAUUGUUUCGAUUUCGAUCCUCUCGAGAUCGGACAACAACAUGAUCGCUCAUAAUAGAAUCAAUCGCGCGUCACUUAUCGACGACGCGGCACGCUUUAUCGAUCGCUGUCGUGGCACUUUCUUCCGUGAUUGCCCAAUGAUGAAUCACCGGCUCAGUCACGUGCUUGCUACCGCCGCCGUCGCGAUUCGAUUGUACGAGAUCUUCUGUCAUUUUCCUCGCGUGCGUCAGCUUUAUGUGUGUCGUCAUAGUAGUACUUAUAUCAAGUGCGUUGCUCGGCUAUGCGAUCGCGCUGCGACAGUGUGCUACGAUGCAAAUUAGUGUGAAAACGUCCUCCCUAUCAUUAUAUCGUUUCGUUACGACACGUUAGUCAAACAUAAAAUGCGGUAAACGGAUCCCCGGAUCCUGGCCACACGUGAAAAUGACAGAUCCGUCGACGAGCGUUAUCGGGAUCAAUAGAGAUGAGGACAGCAUUAACGUGUGCGUCGAGGAGGACCGAGAGAGACUAAUCAAGCCGAGGAAUAAUUUCGCGUCAUAUUCUAACGAAGAUGUAAACGUGCGAUUUCGUAGUACCGUCAAUAACAGUAUCAGCGAAUGCAACAAUAUAGAGGAUAUCUCGGGUCAAAAUCCAAGGAGACUGAAUAUCGGAGACAUAACCCCAGGAGCGACAAAUUUCCUGUCAACCAAUUAUGAGAGCUUGGAUUAUGAUACCUGUGAAAAUUAUCUUUUGCAAGAUGAAGAGAGGAAAAAAGGCUUCAAGUUUGUUGUCAAAAAGAACUUUGCCAGAUGGUUAAUUUUCCUUUUAAUAGGAAUUUGUACUGCUCUUAUAGCAUGUUUUGUAGAUAUAUCGAUAGAAGAAUUAUCCAAUCUGAAGUACGGCUUUCUUAAGAAAUAUGUGGACCAUUGUAUAGCAGAGAAUUGCCUUUGGUUGCCAUAUAUUAUAUGGUUAAGUCUAAAUAUGAUUCCAGUGUUAAUAGGUGCUAUCUUGGUAGCCUAUGUUGAACCUGUUGCUGCAGGAAGUGGUAUUCCACAAGUGAAAUGUUAUCUAAACGGUGUCAAGAUACCACGAGUUGUGCGUAUUAAGACUCUGGCUGUAAAAACUAUUGGUGUCAUAUGCACAGUAGUUGGAGGUCUAGCCGGAGGCAAGGAAGGUCCUAUGAUACACUCUGGCGCCGUUGUCGCCGCGGGAAUUUCGCAGGGCAAGAGUACUACUUUUAAGAAAGACCUGAGGAUAUUCAAAUAUUUCAGGGAGGAUCAUGAGAAACGAGACUUUGUAUCGGGAGGCGCUGCUUCCGGAGUUUCGGCGGCUUUCGGCGCGCCGAUUGGUGGAGUCUUAUUCAGUAUUGAGGAAGGCACUAGUUUCUUUAAUCAGAGCCUCACGUGGAGGACAUUUUUCGCUAGUAUGAUGACGACAUUCAUCCUAAACAUAGUCUUGAGUGCGUAUCACGGACACCCCGGCGAUCUCUCAUAUCCAGGCUUGUUGAAUCUGGGAAAGUUCGAGUCGAUUCCUUAUGAGAUCUAUGAAAUUCCACUGUUUAUGAUAAUGGGCACAUUGGGUGGUGCGCUCGGUGCGCUAUGGAAUCACAUCAAUUACAAGAUCACUUGCUUCCGUUUGCGAUUCGUAACGCGAAGAUGGCUAAAAGUAAUAGAAGCUCUCUUCGUGGCGAUGCUGAGCGCGACAUUGGGCUUCCUGAUGAUAUAUUUCAUCGACGAUUGCAAGCCGUUGGGCAAGGAUCCUACCAAGUACCCGGUCCAGAUGUAUUGCAAGAGUGGAGAAUACAAUGCAGUCGCGAGUUUGUGGUUUCAAACCCCUGAGAGCAGCGUACGAUCUUUAUUUCAUGAUCCCAAAGGAUCUCACAACGACAUGACACUAGCCAUCUUCGUUGUAUUGUACUUUUUCCUUGCUGCUUCCACCUUUGGUUUAUCUAUGUCAAGCGGGCUGUUUAUUCCUUCCCUGUUGAUUGGAUCUGCAUGGGGUAGAUUGAUAGGAUCAGGCCUCUCGAAGCUAUGGCCAAAUUGUGUAGUACUGGACCCUGGCAAAUACGCUCUACUGGGUGCCGCCGCGCAAUUGGGAGGAGUAGUUAGAAUGACAAUCAGUUUAACCGCAAUUCUGAUAGAAGCAACGCAAGGCAUAUCCUUCGGUCUGCCUGUGAUUAUAGUUCUUAUAAUGGCAAAGUGGGUCGGCGAUUUCUUUAAUGAGGGAAUAUACGACAUUCACACGCAGAUGGCUGGAAUUCCAUUGAUUCCGUGGGAACCACCCCCGUUAUCGAGUAACAUUUACGCGAGUGAGAUUAUGAGCCACCCGGUAGUAACCCUGAGGACCGUCGAAAAUGUGGGACACAUUGUUGAGCUUCUAAAAUGUGUCACGUUCAACGGGUUCCCGGUAGUUGAUCCACCGAGUAGCGACCAAAGUGAGAUAAAUACAUAUGGCCGAUUCCGUGGUCUGAUACUGCGUUCUCAGCUGAUAGUAUUAUUGCAAAACAAGAUAUUCAACGAAUAUGCGGAGUUUUGGGACAAGUCGUUAGACAUAAAAAUCUUCAGGAAAGAAUAUCCUAGAUAUCCAACAAUCGAGCAAGUUGUUGUCACUGAGGAGGAGAAAACCUACACAAUAGAUUUGAGGCACUUUAUGAAUCCUGCUCCAUAUACAUUACAGCACUCCGCAACACUGCCAAGAGCAUUUAGACUGUUCAGGGCGUUAGGAUUACGUCACUUGCCAGUGGUAAAUGACACAAAUGAGGUAGUUGGUAUUAUUACGCGAAAAGAUGUCACUAGAUUCAGGAUAUGGAAACAUCAAGGAAGAAUGGGACUAGAUGAAUUAAUAAUCACUAAUAAAAUUUAAUCUUAAGUUUCUUUUACUAUUUAUAGUAUUAUUUACUAUUUAUAGACUAUUACUAAGACUUAGACUAUUACUAAGACACUUAGAACAUUUACUAUGUUCGGAAUAUUAAUAAGGCCUGUUAUAAUUCUAAGAUACUAUUUUGAUUCUAUUAUCUUUUAUCCUAAGAUCUAUUUUGAUAUGUACAGAUUAUAGAAAUUUUAUUUAUAUUGUGUUCAAAGAAGGUAGAAAUGAUUAGACAAGAAGGCACAA